AUGCAGCUCAGCAGCCUGGUCCUGACCCUGGCUGCGGCCAUCUCCACCGUCGCCGCCUACCCCAUCACCGCCGACGACGUCAACUGCCGCAGCGGCCCCGACACGAGCUUCGAGUCGGUCAAGACGUACAAGAUCAACACCGACGUCAACAUCACCUGCCAGACCUACGGCCAGAGCAUCUUCGGCAACUCCAUCUGGGACAAGACCAGCGACGGCUGCUACGUCUCGGACUACUACGUCAAGACGGGCUCCAACGACCUGGUGACCGAGGAGUGCCCGAUCGAGGGCGGCGACGGCGGCUCGCAGUACAACGGCCCCAUCAACCGCACCGAGAUCAUCGAGCGCGGGCGGUACUGGGUCUCGCUCGGGGUGCCCUACUCCAUGACCAAGACGUACCCGGACCAGCAGGGGCGCAUGUACCGCACCGACUGCUCGGGCUUCGUGUCCAUGGCCCUGCACGCCAACGCCCCCGGCUACAACACCGUCAGCCUGCCGGAGAUCGCCAAGGCCAUCGAGUGGGCCGACCUCACGCCCGGCGACUUUGUCGGCACCCUGGGCGAGGGCACCGCCGGUGCCGCCGGCCACGUCACCCUCUUCCUCUCGUGGGCGGACGACGCCCACAAGGCUUACAACACGCUCGAGUGCCGCGGCACCUACGGUUGCGUCGAAUACAAGCGCAACGUUGGCUGGACGAGCGGCGGCUUUACGGCCAAGCCCUACCGGUACACCCGUGUGAUCUAA